AUGCGCUCCCCGGCUCACGCGUGUAUGCUUGCAGCUUUGGUUGAUUCACAUCUUAGGGGAGCACCGCAUCCAACCUCAGGGCGUGUGGCAGAAAUGUCUAAUGCAAAAGAAAGAAAGCAUGCUAAGAAAAUGAGGAACCAACCCACCAAUGUGACAUUAUCCUCCGGCUUUGUGGCUGACAGAAGUGGCAAGCAUCAUAAUCGAGGCGGAAAGCCUUUCCAGACUCAAAAAUCAGAGUCUCAUUCUGGAUCUUGGCGACAGCGGCAAACCAAAAUGACCCACCAUUCGUCCCCUGGUGCAAAUGAGCAGUCUUCCUCCAACAUCAUGUUUAAAAAGAAGGGAGGAUGGAAAGCUGGUCCUGAAGGUGCUUCUCAGGAGAUUCCAAAGUAUAUAACUGCUAAUACUUUUGCUCAAGCUCGAGCUGCUGAAAUCAGUGCUAUGUUGAAAGCAGUGACCCAGAAGUCUUCUAAUUCACUGGUCUUCCAGACUCUGCCACGGCACAUGAGACGAAGAGCCAUGAGCCACAAUGUCAAACGUCUUCCAAGACGGUUACAAGAGAUGGCCCAGAAAGAGGCAGAGAAAGCAGUUCAUCAGAAAAAGGAACAUUCAAAAAAUAAAUGCCAUAAAGCUCGAAGAUGUCACAUAAACCGGACGCUGGAAUUUAACCGCAGACAGAAAAAGAACAUAUGGUUAGAAACACAUAUCUGGCAUGCCAAAAGGUUUCACAUGAUUAAGAAGUGGGGCUACUGCCUGGGGGAGAGGCCAACAGUCAAGAGCCACAGAGCUUGCUAUAGGGCCAUGACCAAUGGAUGUCUUCUUCAGGACUUAUCCUACUAUUGUUGCUUGGAGUUGAAAGGCAAAGAAGAAGAAAUACUAAAGGCACUUUCUCCCAUGUGUAGCAUAGACACAGGAUUGACUUUUGCUGCAGUUCAGUGUUUGUCUGGAAGGCGUCAAGGUAGUCUCAUGCUUUACCGGGCACAUAAAUACCCCAGAGCAAUGUUGGGCCCUGUAACAUUUAUUUGGAAGUCUGAGGGGACACUUGGGGACAAUUCUGAGAGCAGGCAGUUGUGGAUCUGGCUUCAUCCAACUCUGAAACAGGAUAUCUUAGAGGAAAUAAAAGUCACGUGCCAGUGUACACAACACAUGGAAUCAACUGUCUGCAUUCAGGAUCCCCUUCUGAUACCACCCCAGGAAGGAAACCAAAGUGAACUGCCUGAUGAGAAAACUGGCAAGAAAAGGAAAUGGAAAGACGAUGGAGAAAAUGCUAAGCCAAUUAAAAAACUGUGCGGGGAUGGAACUAGAGAUCCACACCAGCCAUAUUCUUGGACCUCUCCGACCACAGGAAUUAUAAUCAGUGAUCUGACAAUGGAGAUGAACAGGUUCCGGCUGAUUGGACCACUUUCCCAUUCCAUCCUAACCGAGGCACUAAAGGCUGCUUCUGCUCACGCCGGAGGAGAGGACACGGAGAAGACACCUCACCAGUGGUGGAUUGAGACCUGCAAGAAUCCUGAGAAUGUGUCGCUUCACCACAGACAAGAAGCCACUUUUAAAUUGUUGGGAGGAGUAGCAUCGCCAGCAGAAAUUCCUGCAGGUACUAUUCUAGGACUCACAGUUGGGGAUCCGAGAAUAAAUUUACCUCAAAGAAGGUCCAAAGUGUUGCCUGAUCCAGAAAAAUGCCAAGAUGAUGAGAAAGUUAGACAGCUGCUUCUGGAGGGUGUGCCCUUGGAGUGUACACAUAGCUUUAUUUGGAACCAAGCUAUCUGUAAGAGUGUCACAGAGAAUAAAAUCUCAGAUCAGGAUUUAAACCAGAAGAGAAGUGAAUUGCUGGUGCCUGGAUCACAGCUUGUUUUAGGUUCUCAUGAAUCCAAGAUACCUGUACUUCUCAUCCAGCAGCCUGGGAAAGUGACUGGUGAUGACCUUCGAGGCUGGGGAAGUGGCUGGGAUGUCCUGCUUCCAAAGGGCUGGGGCAUGGCUUUCUGGAUUCCAUUUGUCUACCGAGGUGCCAGAGUUGGGGGAUUAAAGGAGACUAUAGUACAUUCUCAGUAUAAAAGGUCACCCAACGUUCCCGGUGACUUCCCAGACUGUCCUGCUGGGGUUCUGUUUGCUGAAGAACAAGCUAAGGGUCUUCUUGAAAAGUACAGACGGCAUCCUCCUGCAAAACGGCCCAAUUACGUGAAGCUUGGCACUCUGACGCCUUUCUGCUGCCCCUGGGAGCAGUUAACCCAGGACUGGGAGUCACGAGUCCAGGCCCAGGAGGCAUCUCAUGGAAUUUCCUGUCUCAAGGGUGAGGAGGGUGACUUCCAAAGAGCCCAGGUGCCUUGUGCCUCUGCACUUGAAGAGUCACGUCACCCAGACAAUGGUGCAGAUCCAGCCACUAAAGACUCCCACGAGGCCGAAAGCGUCAUGGACACAGAGUGCCCAGACCAGGCAAGGACUGAGCAGGCCAGCAGCCCAGAGGCCACCAGUGGCCUCUGCGUUCUCAGGAAUAGAAGAGUCCUGAGGCAGCUGUCAGCCUGGUGUGGACCCAGCUCUGGGAACCGCUGGGCAGCCCAGCGAGCACAUGGCAGAGGGCAGCAAGAACUGACCAGAGAGACCUGCCUGUCCAUGUCAGACUGCUUCCCUAGGGCCCUCGUGUGGGUCAGCCUGUCCCUGCUUCGAAAAGGCAGCCCUGAACCACACACCAUGAUCUGUGUCCCUACCCAGGAUGACCUCCAACAGCUCCUUCAGGAUCGAGGUUAUUGUGGGCCUCUGGAAUCCAAGCACAGCGACCCAUUCAAGAGCAAGAUCCGGAAACAGAAAGAAAAGAAGGAAGCAGGGAACAGGCAGCCCCAAGGACAGGCUGCAUCUGAGGGCCUGGCAAGGAGGGGCCCUGAUGGCGAGUCGCUUGCCCUGACCCAGGGCCUGUGGCCCGGUCCUCUCCCAGCUGUGACUUCUCACUGCUCUCGAGUUCUUCUCGGCUUUGUCACGCAGGGUGAUUUUUCCAUGGCCGUAGGCUAUGGAGAAGCCCUGGGGUUUGUUAGUUUGACAGGUUUGCUGGACACGCUGUCCAGCCAGCAGGCAGCAGAGAGGGGCUUGGUGCUGCUGAGGCCCCCUGCCUCUCUGCAGUACCGAUUUGCCAGAAUUGCUAUUGAGGUGUGAGGGCCGUUUUCAUCCUUGUAGUUUGCCAAGUCCCAGAAAAGAGCUUGGUUUUCCUUGUCUUCUGUUUAAAAAAUAUGCAAAAUUCCUUGGAAGCGAGCAUUUUUUUAAAAAAGGGAGGGGGAUAUAUUAUGCAAAUGAAUGAAAUGUUUACAGCAUUCUAGUAAUCUCCUUGCUGUUCGCUUCUCUUUGUGCUUGCUGUCGUUUAAAAUUACCUGACAUAUUUAGCCAAACAUGUUUAUCUACUGCCACCUUGGUCUGUGUGGUUCUCACUGUAAAUCAGAAGCUCACUCUUUCUUUGUCUUCUUUUUUACUAGGAACAAAGCUUUGUCAAGUCAGUUUGAAAAUCUUUGUCAUGUGAUAAGUAACCAGGGGUUAAUUAAUGGUUUGAUUGUUACAGAAAAAGGAAAGAUUAACACCUGCCUCUGCAUGUGAAAUAUCACCCCCAUGCCCCUCCUCCUCGUUCAGCACAUUUAACACUUUACCCAGAAAGAGGGAAGUCCUAGAAAAAUACUUUACUGCCUUUUUCAUUUACACUCCAUUUCUGGCUUGGUGUUGGACUGGAAACAGAGAUAGAGUCCUAUUUUUAUGACCCCAUAGUCUCUUUGUUGUUGACCAACACGUGAUCCUAGGAUUUUUUUUUCUUUUGUGCUUUCUUGUUUCUGUUAAAAAAAAAAAAGUUUGAAGCCAAAAAGGAACAUGUCUCAAGAUAUGUUCUAUGAAAUGUGCUACCUAAAAAUAUAUAUAAAUAAAUAAGUACAUCCCAAGGUUAGAUAGGUUUGGGAAGCUGUGGGUUAAAAUUAACUUUUUGUGUGUGUGUGUGUGAUUUAAAAAAGUAUAAGACAGCAGGGAUAUAACUCUAUACCUUUCCCACUACCCUCCAUUGGAAACUGUACUAGUUCUCCCAAGAUCAUAGAUAUAGAGUGACUAUUACUUCUAUAACUAUAUAUUUUGCCUUCUCUUUCUUUCAAAGUCACACCUACUAUUCUGAGUAUCCCCCCACCCUUUUUUUUUUUUUUUCUUUUUUUCUUUUUCUUUCUCUCUCUGGGUCCUGAUGGAAUUGGAGUUCAGAGCCCUGUAGUCAUCUUCUCCUAACAUUUACCUCUCUGAGAGUAUAGACCAAAAUUCUUUACGGGAUGCAGACGGUGGAAGGUUUGACUUCUCUAAUUGCUUCUCCUCUGGACAUGGACAUUGGCAGUUUGAUCCAUACCUCCAGCCUGUUUCUAUCAAGUGUUUUCUUGUAAAAGGGUUUCUAGAACCCUUCCUUUCACCACUUCCAUGUGCAUUUUGAAUCUCCAAGAGGUGACCUGUUGGCUAUAGUAUUGUGUGAGUCUUUGUUCCUGAAGUUUCUAAUGUGAGAGCACUUUGUAGAGCCAGUGUUUUCAAGCAACAGACUCCAGUACAUGUGGCUGUGUGGUGUGUUCAUUACCUCUGCGAGGUGCUGGCCUAACCCAGCAUGCUGCUUUCAAGCACCAGUGCAGUCACAUUACCCACCUGAGAAUUUGAGCAGGGUGUAAAAGCUCUCCUGUUGAGUGGGAAGAGUGGGGUUGGUGUUGUCUUUUGUCUCUUGUAGAGCAACUAGGUCAUUUUUUGUUUUAACUUUUGGUUGUCUUCUAUGUCUAAUAUUUCCUUAUUUUCCCACCCUUUCUAACACAUCUUGAAAAUUUAAAAGGAAUAUUUAAAUGCAUAAUGAGGUAUCCUUUCAUGGAAAUGUAUUAGGUUAUUGCAGUAGGAUCUGGUAGUAAGUAUCUUGGGGGCGGGAGGGGGUGUUAGGUACUGGGGAGCAAUCAGAUUGUUACAGUAGCCAAUGGAAUGGUUAAUGUUUUCCUUCUCACUGUGUAUCUGUAUAUUGAAUAUUGUGUAUUCAAUAAUAUGUAUGAAUGUAUUUGCGUCCCACACAAAUGAGACUGGAAAAAAAACCAGCCUCGCUCAGUGAUAUCUAUCUAUAAGCAGAAUAAAUUUAAAUACCACCUGG